UUAUUUCUUGUUUCACUUCCGACUUGUUUGUCUUUUCUCUGGUUCAUGGCUCUCUCAAACUGGUGCCACAUGUUGGUUUGAGUUAUUUUCCGCUGUUCGCGUGCCGUUUCGUCGCAGUUUUGAAACCUGGAUUGCAUCUGACGACUGAACGUAAACUGCCACACCAUGCCUCUCUCGUGUCGCUUCUACUCUCAAAAAUACCCGGAGCCCGAGGAUGUGGUGAUGGUGAACGUCAGGCAGAUCGCCGAAAUGGGCGCCUACGUCCGGCUCCUGGAGUACAACGACAUCGAAGGCAUGAUCCUGCUCUCCGAGUUGUCCAGGCGACGUAUCCGUUCCAUAAACAAACUCAUCCGCGUAGGGCGCAGUGAGUGCGUCGUUGUCAUCAGGGUGGACAAGGAUAAAGGCUACAUUGACUUGUCCAAACGACGAGUGUCUCCGGAAGACAUCACAAAAUGUGAAGAAAAGUUUGCCAGGGGAAGAGCUGUGAACAGCAUUCUUCGGCACGUGGCCGAAACGCUCAAGUUUGAGACAGAUGAGCAGCUGGAAGAGCUGUACAGGAAAACUGCCUGGUACUUUGAUGACAAGUUCAAGAAGACCACAGCAUCGUACGACGUCUUCAAGCUGGCUGUUACGGACGUGUCGGUCUUGGAUGAAUGCAACAUUGACCCAGAGACAAAAGAAGUCCUCUUGACCAACAUCAAGCACCGGCUGACUCCACAGGCUGUCAAGAUCAGGGCAGAUAUUGAGGUGUCCUGCUACGAAUAUGAAGGCAUCGAUGCUGUGAAGCACGCGCUACGGGAAGGCAUGUCGCUGUCCACCGAGGACAUGCCUAUCAAGAUCAACCUGAUUGCCCCUCCUGUGUAUGUCAUGACCACGACCACCAUGGACCGGACGGAGGGCCUAGAGGCGCUCAACAAUGCCAUAACCAAGAUUGAGGAGACAAUCCGAAAGGCUGGAGGUGUCUUCACUGUGCAGAGCCCGCCCAAGGUGGUGACAGAGACUGACGAGCUGGAGCUUGCCAAGCAGUUAGAUCGCCUUGAACAGGAGAAUGCUGAGAUUGACGGAGAUGACGACGACGAAGAAGCUGAAGCUGGCUCAGGUUCUUCUGGUGCUGAAGACAAUGUAGUAAUGGUUGAGGCCUGACCUGCUAGAGGCUCAGGCGAGAAUAAAGCAAUCUGCUUAACCCUUGCA